AUGAUGCGGCGUGGUUCGAUGGCUAUGGCUGGCGGCGGCGAGCCCUUGAUCGUGGUGGAGGAGAGUGGUUCUGAAGACGCGGAAUCAUCACCUCGGUCUAGUGCACCAGCUCGUGGCCUCUCCAUCGAUCAGGAAUCCCCACCAGACCCAUACCAUCUAUCGCCAUGGCGCGACACUCGCAAGCACUCGCUUCCAACACCGUCUUGCACUACAGGCCCUACUGCAAGUCAGGUACGCCGCCUAUCAGAGCGAGGUGAAAGCGCAGCACGUGAGGCUCGUGAAGCUGCUUUCUUGGCCACCUUAAGUCAAGCUCCACCUAAGAAUCAACCAGGCGGAAGACGGCACUCCGUAGUGACAAUAUCUAGAGUACCCCAAGCUCUGUUUGGGCGUGGGCGCCGAGAAUCGAUUGCAGCUUUCCCAGCUCUCGCUCGACGCAGGGACUCUGGAUCUAAGAAAUGUCCACCAGCAACGGACACGCUCGGUAGUACACAUAAUCUACAACUAGACAUCAUGGAUGAUAUUGUACAAGCUCGCAAAGUUCGCAUGCGUCUUUGGAAUACAUCAAAUGAACGAGUCUGCGAGGUGCAACCACUCGAUGAACGUUCACCUAUGAGUGGCUCAGUGAGGUACACAAAUCGAGGACGACGGCACUCCGACUAUGUAGGUUCCCCGUUACCUCCAAUCCCUGCUCGCCGUCGAGCUUCUGAAAUGCCUCCUCCCAUUCCACCGCGCACUGGCGCUGGCGUCAUAUGCACGGACACUGACCUUCAUCAUAUGCUAAAUGCGCUUACGUCGUCCGCCACCGAAAUCGACCGCUGUGGCAAGCCUGAUCGUACAAGGCGUCUCUCUGACAUGCGUUCUAGCAGUUUUGAUGCUUCUACACUUCGUGAUAAACCCCCAGAUUCUGGCACGGUUUGGUUUACACGCCGACACCAAACUCUAGCUACUAAAAACAAGGAAAAUGAAACCAAAAAGGCCAAAGUUACAUUUGCUCCAGAUGCUAAGCAAGCUCCAGGAGACGCAGCAGCUGUCGUUUGGGAUCGUCCAUCAGGUUCUGUGGUGGAUGCCAGUGCAUUAGGAAGUGCCAUAGAAGUAUUUUUAAGAAAAAGUGGAGCCGGCGAUGCAAUCCCCUCUUCAUCUGGCACACCUCCGGUUAAAGAUACAAUAAAAACAACUGAAAUUCGCUCAAAACCGCGAGACAUUCCAGGCCCGAACCGACCUCCGCCACCACCACCGCCCCGUGCUGAAGGCGAACGUUGGUAUAUUAGCAGACCUGAAGAAGAAGAGGUAACGGAGGGUUGCGACGCAUCACUCUGCUCUUCGAUAAAAGACCUUUUUGUGUAG